AGUUCCAGGCUUGUUGUCCCUCGGCAGAGUUUGUUCAUAAACAAUCACAUGGUUCAGUCAUCAUAAUAUACAACUCAUAAUAACUGGCCCAUUUUGAUAUACUACUCCCAUCUACCAAAGAAGCUAAAAGCUAACGACGAUUCAAAAGCAGCAAACUUCUCUUUCUUCUUUUUUUUUUCGGACAACCACGAAUUCCCACAUGAAGCUACUAAAACCCACCCUGCUUGGUCAUGCAUGCCAUUUCCAUGGAAGAGAGACCCACAACACAAUUACCUGGGGUCCACCAUAACUUUCUCCACGGCCAUAGGACCUUCCAUUAUCUAUACGUAUGGCUUAAGCAAUACAGGUAAAAGUUUUAUCAAUCCCGGGAGCCAAGUCAGCAUCCUAUGUCAAAGGAGCAAAAGGUUGACACGGUGUGGGGGCGGGAGGUCACUCUUAUUUCUCUCUGUUUUCCGAGAAACUCAUGAUCAGAUAGCACUCAAGUUAUGGGAACUUCUGUAAACAUCAUAGUUGGAUCACAUGUCUGGGCCGAGAAUCCUGAGCUUGCGUGGGUUGAUGGUGAAGUCAAAGAAAUCAGUGGCACAGCGGCCACCCUGGUUACCACUGACGGCAAAACUAUAGUUGCCGAUGUUUCCAGCAUAUACCCAAAAGACACAGAGGCACCAGCAGCAGGGGUUGAUGAUAUGACCAAGUUAGCGUACCUUCAUGAGCCUGGAGUCCUACAUAAUCUUGCUUGCCGGUUUGCGCUCAAUGAGAUAUAUACAUACACUGGGAAUAUUCUAAUAGCGGUGAACCCUUUCCGAAGACUACCACACUUGUAUGACAUCCACAUGAUGGAACAGUAUAAAGGAGCAGCUUUUGGGGAGCUAAGUCCACAUCUAUUUGCUAUUGCAGACACUUGUUACAGGGCAAUGAUAAAUGAACAGGGGAGCCAGUCCAUUUUGGUAAGUGGAGAAAGUGGUGCUGGUAAAACAGAGACAACUAAAAUGCUCAUGAGAUAUCUUGCGUUCAUGGGGGGCAGAUCAGGUACAGAAGGACGAACAGUAGAACAGCAGGUCCUUGAGUCGAACCCUGUCCUGGAAGCAUUUGGGAAUGCAAAAACUGUGAAAAAUAACAAUUCAAGUCGGUUUGGGAAAUUUGUUGAGAUCCAAUUUGAUAAGCAUGGGAAGAUCUCUGGAGCUGCAGUGCGCACUUAUCUUCUUGAAAGGUCACGGGUUUGCCAAAUUUCUGAUCCGGAGAGAAAUUACCACUGCUUCUACAUGCUUUGCGCAGCACCACCAGAGGAUGUCAAGAAAUUCAAAUUAGGGGACCCAAGAACAUUUCAUUAUCUAAAUCAAUCAAACUGCUAUGAAGUCUCAAAUGUAGAUGAUGCAAGAGAGUAUCUGGAAACCAGAAAUGCUAUGGACAUUGUAGGGAUCGGCCAAGAAGAGCAGGAUGCUAUAUUCAGUGUGGUAGCUGCAAUUCUCCAUCUUGGAAACGUUGAUUUCAUUAAAGAUAAAGAAGCGGAUUCCUCAAAGCUUAAAGAUGAUAAAUCGCACUACCAUCUUCAAACGGCAGCAGAGCUCCUAAUGUGUAAUGAGAAGGCACUGGAGGAUUCACUCUGCAAGCGAGUCAUAGUGACUCCAGAUGGUAACAUUACAAAGCCACUUGAUCCAGAUUUAGCAGCCCUUAGUCGCGAUGCAUUAGCCAAGACGGUGUACUCUAGGCUGUUUGAUUGGAUUGUUGAUAAGAUAAAUAGCUCAAUUGGUCAAGAUCCAAAUGCCACAAGCUUGAUUGGGGUCCUUGAUAUUUAUGGGUUUGAAACUUUUAAGAUUAAUAGCUUUGAGCAGCUAUGCAUCAAUCUAACAAAUGAGAAGUUGCAGCAGCAUUUUAACCAGCAUGUAUUUAAAAUGGAACAAGAAGAGUAUACAAGGGAGGAAAUCAACUGGAGCUAUGUCGAAUUUGUUGAUAAUCAGGACGUUUUAGAUCUUAUUGAGAAGAAACCUGGGGGUAUAAUUGCUCUGCUUGAUGAAGCCUGCAUGUUCCCUAGGUCAACCCAUGAGACAUUUGCACAAAAGAUGUAUCAUACAUAUAAAGGACACAAACGCUUCAGCAAGCCAAAAUUAGCGCGAACAGACUUCACAAUCAACCACUAUGCAGGAGAUGUUAUAUAUCAAGCAGAUCAAUUUCUUGAUAAGAACAAGGAUUAUGUUGUAGCAGAACAUCAAGCUCUAUUAGAUGCCUCUAAGUGUCCUUUUAUUGCUAAUUUGUUUCCACCACUCCCUGAGGAGACAUCAAAGCAAUCCAAGUUCUCUUCCAUUGGUACUCGCUUCAAGCAACAAUUACAAGCUUUAAUGGAGACAUUGAACACAACAGAACCUCAUUACAUUAGAUGUGUAAAGCCAAAUACAGUUCUGAAGCCUGGAAUCUUUGAGAACUUCAACGUUUUAAAUCAAUUAAGAUGUGGGGGUGUGCUAGAAGCAAUUAGGAUCAGUUGUGCUGGGUAUCCAACAAAGAGAACAUUUGAUGAGUUCCUUGAUCGUUUUGGAAUGCUAGCACCUGAUGUCCUGGACGGAUCUGAUGAAAAAUCAGCAUGUGUUGCAAUCUGUGACAGAAUGCAUUUAAAAGGCUAUCAGAUUGGGAAAACAAAGGUGUUUCUUAGGGCUGGACAGAUGGCUGAGCUGGAUGCACGAAGAGCUGAAGUUUUGGCCAAUGCUGCAAAACUCAUUCAGAGGCAAAUCCAAACAUAUAUUUCUAGAAAGGAGUUCAUUGCCCUGAGAAGAGCUACAAUUCAUACACAAAAAAUUUGGCGAGGACAACUUGCACGUAACUUGUAUGAACACAUGAGAAGGGAGGCUGCUUCCAUUCGUAUACAGAAGAAUGUUCGAGCUUACAAAGAAAGAAAAUUAUAUAAAAACUUAAAGGUCUCAGCAAUAGUUAUCCAAACUGGUUUAAGAGCAAUAGCAGCCCAGAAUGAAUUCAGAUACAAAAAAAGAACGAAGGCUGCAACCAUAGUCCAGACUCAAUGGCGAAGACACCAAGAUGUGCUGGCCUAUAAACAGCAGAAGAAAGCAACGCUUGUUUUACAGUGUCUCUGGAGAGCAAGAAUAGCUAGAAAAGAACUUAGAAAGCUAAGGAUGGCUAGUGUCUUGUCACAAGUCAUUGAACCACAAAGUCUUGCAACAAGCAAGAAGCUUUUUUGUUAG